AUGGCUAACGUUUUGAACAUACCUGGGUUUUAUUACGAUACAGAGCGAAAACGGUAUUUCAAGAUAACCCAACAUGCUUCUUCCAAAUCAGAUCAGAAGUACGAGCGAGAGAGCAUCAAGAAACAGGACGAUCAUACUGCUUACAAGGAUUCGAAGAACGUGCUUGAUCGUUUGAAGGAAAAAGCGCUUCAUGAGACUGAGUUCGAUAUAAUAAAUCCUUUUAGCAGGGAGUUUGGGCCUGACGUGAAUUACUUCAAGAAGUUAACCACCAGAUACAAUAUUGCAAAAAGCGGUGAACAAACGGAUGACUUUGACUUGAUACAAAAAAGUGGGGUGUGGUCAGAUUUGACACCGUUAUUAGGAUCAGUAGCUCAAAAGGCAAAGGCACUUGUUUGUCUACCAAAACAGAAUUCUUUGCUUGUUAUAACCGACCGUAUGAACAUUAUAUUGUUGAACCUUGCAGGAUCCGCAAACUACAUUUAUCAAGAACAAAUACUUGCAAAAUCUGAAUGUGAGUUUGCGAAGACUCAUUUAAAUGAUGAUCAUCUGUGUGUAAUCAUGAGUGCCAAAGGUCUAGGUGCAACUUCAAUUGCAAUCAUAAAACUAAAUGCAUCGGAUUUGCCCGAACACAUAAGCACUGCAAUCUACUCUAGCAAGAAGCACGAAGUUUCUGAUGCUGCUUUUAAUAACAUCCAACAUCUUUUAGCAGCACAAAGUAACAAGCUAAUGACCUGUAAGCCUGCCAAGAAACAGUCAAGGCCAGAUACUUGGCGAACAGUCCAUAAAGAUAAAAGUGACGUUAUGUGCAUGGAGUUGGGGUCACAGAAAGCUGUACAUAAAAGUCCUUGGGGGUGGUUCGGAACUCGCAGCGGCGCCCUCUAUCAAAUGCAAAGUCAUUUGACACCUUCGAAUGACUUGUCAGAGCUUCUUUGCCGCUUUCCUGGCUCGAGUAUUCUAAAUAUAAGGGAACUCGGUGAAGAACAUCUUCUUGUAUCUGGCAUAAACGCCAAAGGCCAAAUACUGGCAGUAGUGCCCAAAUCAAGUCAAGCCAUAGUCAAAACCUGCUCUCCCAUUUUACUACUGCUCAAAACGAGUGUGAGAAAUCUAGUUCAAGAAACUGAAGUAAUUAAAACAAGUGCCGAUGGGCGAUUUGUUUUGUACGGUCGAAAGAACACAGGAUCUAGCGAUGACACAUUUGAACUUUUUUCAACCUGGGCCGCCGAUAAUUUAAUCCGCGACAUUGACGCACAGGCAGGAGUCACAACGUACUAUCCUAUCAAGGUCUUUUCAGACUGUUUUCCUCCUGAUUCCCUGAAGCAUUUCGAAACUCUCGUAGAAGCUGAACUGCAUGUGGUCAAGAAAGGUGAUCAUCACUUUGGAACAACAUGCAAGAAGGACGGGCUCCGUUUGUUGAUUCUUACAAAAGACACGGAUGCGGCUGGUAUAAACUUGCGAAGUUCUCACGUAAUUUGA